AAAACAACCCCGGAAGUCAGGUGUGUGUUUUGUUUUCCCUGAAGAAGAUGUCUUCGUCGGUUUGGAGUUAGAAAAUACAAAAGAAAUGUGCGAUGAAUAUUUCAAGUCAAACCAAAAGCAACGUGAUAAAAUGAAAUACCUUUUAAUGACAUGUUUGAUUGCUGCUUGAGCUGAAUAAAGUGCCUCUGAAGGGAACAGUAUGGAUUACAGCGGAGCUCCAGGGGGGUCCUACAUGAAUAACCUCAUUGGGACUUUACUCGCGAUUUUCGGAAAUGUGCUCGUCAGUAUCUCCUUAACCAUUCAGAAAUACAGCCAUGUGAUGUUAGCUGGAACAAAGGACCAACGUUCCUUCUACUGGACCAAAACCUGGUGGUUUGGUUUCAUAUUCACCUUUAUUGGGGAGGGAGCCAACUUUGUCUCUUAUGCUUUUGCCCCUCUCACUCUUGUGGCACCUCUUAACGCAGUGUCUAUACUGACAAGCUCAAUUUUGGGUUUCUUAUUUCUGCGUGAGAAAUCUAAACCGAAGGAGUUUGCAAAGAACUAUGGCCUGACCUUCCUGGGCUACUUGCUCACUGUUGGAGGAACUUAUCUCUUUGUUUCAUUUGGACCGAACUCCCAUGAAAAACUCAAAGCAGAGAACAUCGUGAAGCAUAUUGUGGGAUGGCCUGUUCUCUUGUAUCUGCUCCUGGAGAUCAUCACGUUCUGCCUGCUGUUAUAUUUCUAUAAACAGCACAACGCUGACUACCUCGUUAUUAUUCUGCUGUUGGUCGCCCUGCUGGGCUCUGUCACAGUCAUCACAGUGAAGGCAGUUUCAGGCAUGUUGGUUCUUACCGUCGAAGGGACAAUGCAACUUAACUACCCGAUCUUCAGUGUCAUGUUUGUGUGCAUGGUGGCAUCAGUGGUCUUCCAGUCCAGAUUUCUCUCCCAAGCUUGUAAACUGCAUGACUCCUCUCUGAUUGCCAGCAUGAACUACAUCCUCUCCACCUUCUUUGCAGUGGUAGCUGGUGCUAUAUUUUACUUGGAGUUUAAUCAUGAGGAUGUACUUCACAUCUGCAUGUAUGUCUUGGGAUCCCUAUUGUGUUUCCUUGGAGUCUUUCUCAUAACCAAAAACAGGAAAAGGGCCAAGAUCUUUGAGCCAUAUGUCACUAUGGAUAUGGCUAAUGGAGUCCCAACCAUUCAUGACAAGGGCUUGGCUGUUCAACCAGAUUUUAAUGGGUCCUUCUCCUACGGGACUCUUGUCAACAACAAUGGAGUGGCUCCUGCUACUCUGCCUGCUAACCUGGAGCAAUCACCAGUCAGCUGCAGAGCCAACGAUGGCCAGUUUGACCUAAAGGAAGACUGAAAUUACAUAACAACUUUGAAAGACCUUAAAAGGUCAUGGCUUGCUUAGCUUAAGCUCCUUUCUUCUGAAACUUUCACUGAUUUCCAGCCUCAGCUUACAUUCUUCAACAUACUUUUCUUCUGGAUGCUGAACCUUAAAUAUUAUCAGGAGAAGCUUUCCCUUUCAAAGACAUUAAUGGUAUUAUUUACAGAUAUAAAUAGAAGAAACCUUAAGUGCAUCAGGCUAACAUAUGCUUGUUUGCAUCCUUUCUCCUUACCUCAAAACUUUCCCCUCUGACAUAAAAAAAUGUUCUUGUUUUUUUUUGUAAUUGCACAUUGGAAAGAGGAGGUUUGUAGUGGAACUCAUAGCGGGGAAGCAGGGUUAUUGUCUACCGUCUUAUCUUAAUAAGCAAAUUUCUCAUGUAUGAAUUGCCUUCAGUUGUAGCACGUAUCUUGACGUUGCUUUAGGCUGAUUUAAAGGAACCAACGACAUCUCGUCUGGGAGUUUCAUCUCCUCUCUCUGUGUUUUUGCCACCUGGUGCUUAUUCACAGUGUGACUGGAAGGAGCUAAUGAUGAAGCAAAGUUAGUGAUGGAAGUGUGGAUGCUCAUUUUCUAGCAUACUGUAAAUUGAGCAUUGACAUCCACAAUUAUUAAGCAAUUUUUUUCCAGUUGGUCAUUAUCGGGAUUAUACUGUACAGUGAUCUGUUCUUCCAUUGAAGUUUCGUGGUAAUGCAACUUCAUAGUCAGGGAUUUUACCAAUAAAUGUUAUAAAUUAGCUGUAUCUGCCACCAGCUGUUAUUCAUGAACACUUUUCACUCACUUGUAGGUCUCUUGUUUUGGGGAUUUCUUUGAAUUACUCCAUUUAGUAAUGUGACCAAACACUGUGUGAGAUUUUUUUAAUUUAUUGCAACAUAUUUAUUUGUUGAUUUAGAGAGCUUUUGAUGUACCUUGAAAUUAAGAUUUAGACUGGAUAGAUAACAGGGAAACUCUGCAUGACUCAAGUAGGUGUGUGAUUAACUAAUCUGAAGAGUUAUUUAAAAGCCACUGUAAUAUGUUAGAGCCUAUUUGAAGGAAAGGUUUUUUAACUUUUUAAAAGAGCUGUUUUAAAGGGAAUUAAAAUAUUUUGAGCUUUCA